AUGAUAGUAGAUGAGUUGGUUGAAGAUGAUAAUGGUGGUGAUUGUGAGGAGGUUGAAGAUGAUAAUGGUGGUGACUGUGAUGAGGAUGACAAUGGUGGUGAUAGUGAUGAGGUUGAAGAUGAUAAUGGUGAUGAUUGUGAUGGGGUUGAAGAUGAUAAUGGUGGUGAUUGUGAUGAGGAUGAAGAUGACAAUGGUGGUGACUGUGAUGAGGAUGACAAUGGUGGUGACUGUGAUGAGGUAGAAGAUGAUAAUGGUGAUGAUUGUGAUGGAGUUGAAGAUGAUAAUGGUGGUGAUUGUGAGGAGGUUGAAGAUGAUAAUGGUGGUGAUUGUGAUAAGGUAGAAGAUGAUAAUGGUGGUGAUUGUGAUAAGGUUGAUGAUAAUGGUGGUGAUUGUGAUAAGGUUGAAGAUGAUAAUGGUGGUGAUUGUGAGGAGGUUGAAGAUGAUAAUGGUGACUGUGAUGAGGAUGACAAUGGUGGUGAUAGUGAUGAGGUUGAAGAUGAUAAUGGUGAUGAUUGUGAUGGGGUUGAAGAUGAUAAUGGUGGUGAUUGUGAUGAGGAUGAAGAUGACAAUGGUGGUGACUGUGAUGAGGAUGACAAUGGUGGUGACUGUGAUGAGGUAGAAGAUGAUAAUGGUGAUGAUUGUGAUGGGGUUGAAGAUGAUAAUGGUGGUGAUUGUGAGGAGGUAGAAGAUAAUAAUGGUGGUGAUUGUGAUAAGGUUGAAGAUGAUAAUGGUGGUGAUUGUGAGGAGGUUGAAGAUGAUAAUGGUGGUGAUUGUGAUGAGGAUGAAGAUGAUAAUGGUGGUGAUUGUGAUGAAGAGGAGGGUGGAAGUGGUGGUGAGGAUGACAAUGAUUAUGAAGAUGACUGUGGUGAACGACGAAUUUGA